GGCGAGGCGAGCUAUCGUCGGGUGAACCCUUAUCAGGUCAACCAUAUGGCCACCUUUUUCUACAUGUCUUUCAACAAGAUAGUGUUUGGCCGAACUGCUGACAUUGACUAUUUAACGAUAACAGGUGUCAACCUCUCAUUGGACCCCAGCAUGCAUCCCUGGAGGAGCGUACGCACCACUGAUCACUGCGGCACUCAGACAUGGUCGCAGGGCAACAAGGCCGAUCUAGCGUGGUGGCUCUCUCUCUUCCAUCACUACACUGUGGACCUGCCCUAUGAGGACCUGCAG